AUGGUGGGUGGCGAGUUGUUGGAGGUCCUCGUGGAAAAAGGGAAGCAGAUACUGUUCGGCAAGGCUUUUCGCAGAUGCAUGUUCGGUCGUGUCAUUGUUGAAGACGAGGAGGCUGGAACGGUGGUUCAAAGCCGUGGGAGUCGGUCUACCAUUAUUGUUGUCUCUGCUAUCGCCCCUAUCAUCAUCGCCGCCGUGGUACCUCUCGCCAGGCCCGCCGCGUCUCUUCGCUCGCCUGGACAUGAAUUCCGAGCCGCUGUUAUGGGUGCCUGUGUUGAAAAACAGAGGCCCAGGUACCGGUGCAGCUCCGCCCGCCACGAGGAUGAUAAGUUUCUACUCCAUUGGCGGCUUUCGAAGCGGGCAAGCAUACGGCACUACAUUCUUCGGGUCGAAGCUAUGCUUGGGACGGGCCAGGCGUGGCCGGUUCGGUCCAAAAGCCAGGGUCGCCUGCCCAGCGUCUCUGGGGUCCGGCCUAAGAUCUGCGCCGUAACUCCCGCUACUCAUGGACAACAAGACCAUGACGGUGUAAACCCACCACACGGCGGUUCGAGCGACGUCGGUUCCGUCUUGGUCACGGGGCCAUACACCGGCUAUCACGCAGGCAAAGUCCCAGUCUCGACAACUGAAGCAGUGGCACCGGGCGCCACGUCGCCCACCGCUCCACCACCUUACAGUAGAUGGUAA